AGAAAAUAGUGUUUCAGUCACCAUUCCUUUUCCACUGGCCACGCUGAAGGUCUGACUGUGACCUUCAUUGAUGCAUCUAUUUUGCAAAUCUGUGUUUUAUGGGUGGAAAUGCAGGGGGAGUUAUUCUUGGCUCCCUUCUAUCAUUGUCUCUAAUGAUCAGCCUUCUCCUGUCACUGAAAAGGUUAGCAGGUUCCAUAGUUCAGCAAGCAAUAUGAUGUUGUUACUGCUCAUCUUUUAUCUGCAUGUGAUAAAAAUUGCCCCUAUUGUGCAUUGGUGGACAGGUAGAGGUUAAAACUACCAGUUAACUAUGUGGGCAUGUCCACACAAGUGUGCAUGUAUGUUUUGCCUCUGCUCAAAAGUAUUUGAGGUGCUGCAAAAUACACCCUGUGCACAUGAUUUUGUUCUCCAUUCUGCAUAUUUGCAGCACAGACUUAAAUUUAGAUACCAGGAAAUCCCAGUAUCAAGAAAAACCGUACUAAAAAAUAGUGGUGUGGCACAGGUGGCAGCAGCCUGCAUUGCCCAAAACCAGAGGCUGGCCUGCCAGAGCCACGUUUCAGCUGCUGGCUAGGCUCUCUGCACCUGGAUCACUGCUGCUGCAGCCUCAGGCCCCAGGUAAGGCUGCUGGGGCUAGCCCAGGUGCUGGCCCCAUCCUCCCAUACCCCACCUGCCAAGGGCAAUUUGCCCCACACCUGAGCACAUAUGCACAGGCUUAACCACAGACAAAUAGCAAUGGCACAAAUCUGUGCUGCUGCUAGUUGUCUAUGAUGAAACGCAUGGGUACGCUCGGCUGGACGCACCUUGUAUGUCCACAAAAAUGAAUGCAAUUUAUUUUUUUAAAAAAAAUUAUAUAUCACCAACCUAGUAAUAGAGAAAGCAAAAAUAUAAGAGGCUAAAAGUGUAAAGGAAUUCUGAGCCCAGUUGAUUCCUGUUAAUGGCCCAUGCCAUUCCCCUUAGCAUAUCAAAAACAAUUAUUUUGCAGUAUUACAAGUCAAAUAUAGUAUUUAUCAUCCUGCAUCUUGCAACAGCCAUCUUCUGCCAUCGCAGUUUGUUAUCCUGUACUAAUAAUGAGAUGAAAUUUUGGGUUAGGAAACUAUGACUGGGUCUGACACACAAAGUCAAUGGAACUGCAUAACCAGCUGUGAUGCAUGAGGAAAGAUGCAUGUGCUAUCAUCAGUUUUUUCCCCUUAACUAGAAUUUACAAGGACAAAGCAACAUCUCUUAGCAACAAGGUGGAAUGUUGGGACAUAAUGCCAAAAGAAUCCAAGUUGGAACGGUCAGGGAAGCUCAAAGAGAGCCGUGGGGGAAGACCAUGCUACUGAGCAGUUACACUGUAAGAUAAGAAAGUUGGUGUAUGGAAAGGGAAAGAAAAGAGGUGGAGAAAUGAAGCGAAGAGGAUAAGAGGUAGCUUCCCUAAACCACUGGAAGUAUCAAGUUCUUUGCAGGCCAACAGAUGGCUUCCCAGUCAACAUCAGCACCUGAUGAUCUCAAUAUAUUUUAUUCUCUGCACUUCCUGCCGCCACCUAGACGCACACCCAGCCCCAAACCUGCCCACUUGGAAGAUGUUAAGGACUCCCGUGAGGAAUCAAAUGGUGAGAGAAGUCAGCAGUACCAAGGGCUGACAGGCCUGCGUAACUUGGGCAACACUUGCUACAUGAAUGCUGUUUUGCAGUGCCUCUGCAGUAUAUCCCCACUGGUGGAGUAUUUUCUCUCAGGAAAGUACAUCACAGCCCUGUGCAAGGAAAACGUUGAAAUUGCUACUGCCUUUGCCUAUCUGAUGGCUGACAUAUGGCUUGGAGACUUUGACUGUGUAUCACCAGAGGUCUUCUGUUCAGUCAUUGGUGACCGGCACCCGGCUUUUACCAAAAAGACUCAGCAGGAUGCGCAGGAGUUUCUGAUUUAUGUCCUGAGUGAACUACAUGAGACUCUUAAGAAGUUAAACAAAAGAAGAAGCCAGGGAAGCAUAUCCAUUGCCAGGGAAAACAGAGGGAUUUCCCCUGAGACAUCAGUCAUCACACAGCUAUUCGAGGGACAGCUGAGUUAUGAAAUCACAUGUCUGGAGUGUCAGAACACAACUGAUAAGAAUGAGGUCUUUACUGUCCUCUCUCUUCCCAUCCCUUCUGAGACUGCAUGCUCUCUACAGGACUGUCUUGAAUGUUUCUUUCAACAAGACAUUCUGACUUGGAAUAAUCAAAUCCAGUGUUCGUGGUGUGGGACAAAGCAAGACACUGCAGUGAAGACCUGCCUAGCCAAGGCACCAAAAAUCGUUAUUUUGCACUUAAAGAGAUUUGACUGUCAAGGCAGCUACAAAAGGAAACUUGGAACUGACAUCCACUAUCCACUAAGCAACUUGGAUCUUUCUCCUUAUGUCUAUCCACUGUUUCGGAAGAAUCCAAAAUACAGCUUGUGCGCUGUGGUGAACCAUUUUGGGUAUCUGGAUGGUGGCCACUAUACAGCCUUCUGCAAACACACUGUCACCCAGAACUGGUACAGCUUCGAUGACUCGCAGGUCACCGAGAUUCCACACUCCUCAGUGCAGUCUGCUGCAGCCUAUCUCCUCUUUUACAGCUGUCAAGCCUUCUCUGUACCAACCAGAAAACAUUAGGCCCAUGGUUACAAUUCACUGAUAGUGUAAGCCAAGUUCUGUGUUCUCAUUAAACUAGGGCAGUACCUGAAUAUCACUUGUUGUCUUUGAUUAUGUUUAGAAAGUGAUUUCAAAGGUGAGUUUUGGAGUUGUGGCUUCUGAUUGUAGGAUGGUUCAAAAAUCAUGUCACUACCCUGUAUCAGCAGAAUUGCUUCUAAAACGCCUCUCGCACUAAUAUCUGAAGUAUUAUUACAGUGAGUAUACCUAGCACUUCGGGGACUCUUUCUAAAUAUAAAGGUACAGAACCUGCCCUGAAUAGCUUCCAGCUGGACAAGAAUACAGCAUAAACAUGACAACUCCCUCUCUGCUUACCCCAGAUUCUCCUCUUUUCCAGCUCACCAAGUGGACCAAUCCAUUUGCUCUGCCAUAGCCAAAAUAUUUCUAUGCUAUGCUACAAUCACAAUUCUGCAGUGUAGACAUUCCCCAUACCUACUGCUUUCCCCUCACCCCUUCUUUUGUGAACGGGGAGGAGUCCACUCUUUAGCUCUGUGGUCUCUGACACUAUUAGAUGGCAGUGUAUCUGGACCCUAACUUAACAGGUGCUACAUAAAAAGCAGGAAUAAAAAAGCUUCUCUUCACUGUUCCUGAUCUGGGCCUUGCAGCAGCAGCUGGCUGAAGAGAAGCUCCUCCAUCACCCUCCUGUGAUACAUAUUCUUUCUAAUACAUCUUUGCACUUUACGAAGAAGCCAGGGAACAAACACAGCCUCACCUGACAAGUGCUUUUACUAUUGCCUCUUGCCAGGCAAAUGUGCCCUGAUGGCUUCUGUGCUGUGCCUGUCUUAUUACCACUGUCUCCAUGCUUUUCCCAGUGGGAAAACUCAGUCUGAUGUGCUGUAUGCUUAAAAUAAAAAUGAUGAAACCUC